GCGCGUCCUGCAGCGCCCGGGACGCGUCCUGCAGCCACGGGGCGGGGCGUGCGCUCAGCCCAUUUCCUCAUUUGAGCAGCGCUUGAACGAGGCUCUUUAUCUCGGGAAAGAUGGCAGAUCCCUGGCAAGAAUGUAUGGAUUAUGCAGUUGGUUUAGCAAGGAAAGCUGGGGAGAUAAUCUGUGGAGCGCUCAAAGAAGAAAGAUCUUUUAUGACUAAAAGUUCACCUGUGGAUCUAGUGACAGAAACUGAUCAAAAAGUAGAAAACUUCAUUAUUUCUUUGAUAAAAGAGAAGUAUCCUUCUCACAGCUUUAUUGGAGAAGAAUCUGUUGCAGCUGGAGAGGGCAGCAUUCUGACAGAUAACCCCACAUGGAUUAUAGACCCUAUUGAUGGAACUACCAACUUUGUACACAGGUUUCCAUUUGUGGCAGUUUCAAUUGGCUUUGUUGUAAACAAAAAGAUAGAGUUUGGAAUUGUGUAUAGUUGUAUAGAAGACAAGAUGUAUACUGCCAGAAAAGGAAAAGGUGCAUUUUGCAAUGGUCAGAAACUUCAAGUGUCGGGCCAAGAAGACAUUACAAAAUCCCUUUUAGUAACAGAAUUGGGGUCAAAUCGUGAUCCAGAGGCUAUAAAAAUAAUUCUUUCUAAUAUGGAAAGACUUCUCAGUAUUCCUAUUCAUGGGAUUAGAGCUGUUGGUACAGCAGCUGUGAACAUGUGCCUUGUGGCUACAGGUGGAGCUGAUGCCUAUUACGAAAUGGGGAUUCACUGCUGGGAUAUGGCAGGAGCUGGAAUCAUUAUUACUGAAGCCGGUGGAGUACUGCUGGAUGUAACAGGUGGACCAUUUGAUUUGAUGUCUCGAAGAAUAAUUGCAGCAAGUAGUCGAGCUAUCGGAGAGAGAAUAGCCAAAGCACUUCAAGUAAUUCCUCUGAGAAGAGAUGAUGCAACCAACUGAACACCAAAGCUGCACCAUAAAUGUCCUUAUCUAUUGUUGUCUCAUAUCCCACAUGGUGGUUGUUCUACACCUUGAAUAGAUGGUAGUCUUUCAGUACUGAUGUGGCUGCUAAGUAGAGCUUUGAGAUUGAACAACAUUCUAAGUAAGCUUUAACUGUUGAGUACUUUAUUUAACAUCACAAUUAGAUAAAAACCUAGAAAAAUAAGCCAAUAUAUGCAACUAGUAUUUUCAAGUUUUAUACUAUACUGGAACACAUAGCAAGAGACUCUUUGAUGUAUAGAUAAAUAAAGAUCUCUAGUUCUGUAAGUGACAAAAAUAAAACCCACUGUCCUAAUACCGCAUCAUCGUAUCUGAUCCUGAACCCAAAAAGAUGAAGGCAUUACUGUUUGUCCAGUCUUUCUCUGUCCAGUCUCCAAUGUAUUGAUUUCCUUACCUCAUUGCAGUUUUUGUAGACGUGGUUCACACAUUUCCAAACUUGCUGGUUGCUUGUAGUUUUGGCUACAAUUUAAAGCCUUUAUUACUUGUCUGUCAUUGGUUUUGUAGUCAUCAUUCUACCUUUCCAGUGGUAGAUGGACACAAUCUCUUCCUUAGCCUCACGUGUGGCCAGUACACUUGCAAAUCCAUUACAAUUUCAAAAGUAACUGUGCCAGAAAAUAAUGUGCAUCUUCCAGAAUUAAGUUCUGAGCACACCUGUCACCAAAUGUACUUGAAAUUAAGUUGCAGUAUGAUUUGCAUUUUGUUAAUUUCAAUUGGGUUUCUUCAUGGAUGAGUGUGCUUCAAAGUCUAAGGAAUCAUUAAAUCCAAGAGAGUUUUCAGUACUUCAGCUGGCAAAAAAUAAGCCCAUAGUAUGUAUUCUUCACAUAAUUUUCUAAUUUUUCAUAAUUUUUUAUAAGCUACAAAAGCAAUGACUAACCAGGAUCAGAUUUACAUUGUGUUUUACAGAAUGUACGUAGAGGAUGAUACAUACCUGAACCUAAAGGGUUUAUAAAUUAAGAAAUAUUAGUGAUUUAAUUCUAGGUCGUAGCUGUUGUAAACUUUGAAAAUUAUACUGGUUCUCUGCAUUUUUGUAUUUAAGAUUGUUAAAAGCAUCAGUGCACUGUUCAGAUAAUUAAUGCACUUUAAAAAAAUUAUGUCAGAUCGGUUUUUAGACUGAUUUUUUUUUUUUUUUUUUUCCUGUU